AUGGGAAGAGCAGAGAAAUUUUGGAAAGAAUACCCUGUGAUGACUGAUGAGCGUCCGUUAGUUGCAGGAAGCUCUGUACAGGACAAAGAAGCCCUACUUCAACUGAAGACAUUCCUUCAAGAAAACAACCCAUUCCGCAGAGGCAAAUACGAUGAAUGGAACAACAAUACCUACCAUUGUGGAUGGUCUGGAAUCACUUGCAGAGUCAAUGAUUCGCGGGUCAUUGGUAUCAAUCUCUCCGACUCCAACAUCUCAGGGAAGAUGUUUGAAAACUUCUCUCAUGUAACUGAGCUUUCAGAACUGGAUCUCUCGAAGAACACGAUCAGUGGGCCCAUACCUGAUGAUUUGAACCGAUGCAAGAAUCUCAUAUAUCUAAAUCUCACUCAGAAUAUCCUCGAAGGAGAGCUCAACCUUACUGGAUUAACCAGCCUAGAGACACUGGACCUCACAAAUAAUCGAUUCAACGGUAGUGGAAUUCGAAUAAAUUUCCCGGCAAUCUGUAACAACUUGGUUACUCUAAACAUUUCGUCAAACAAUUUCACAGGCACGAUUGAUGGUUGGUUUGAUGAAUGCUGGAAGUUGCAACAUCUCGAUCUCAGCGAGAAUGAUUUCACUGGUCAAGUAUGGUCUGGGUUCCAGAGGCUGCGAGAAUUCUCGGUGUCGAAUAACAACCUAACCGGAGAAAUCUCUCCAUCAAUUUUUACUGAGAAUUGCUCUCUGGAAUUUCUGGAUUUAUCGAAGAACCUCUUCCACGGGUCAAUUCCAAAAGAGGUCUCCAAUUGCAAACAAUUGUAUUUUCUGAGCUUGGAAAAUAACGAAUUCACUGGUCUUACUCCAUCCGAGAUUGGAUUAUUACCUGAGCUUGAAACUCUGAUAUUGGGGAAGAACAAUUUAUCAAGAGACAUUCCAGAAUCAUUGCUGAACUUGAGUAAGUUAGCAUUUCUCGAUUAUAGUUGGAACUAUUUUGGAGGGGAUAUACAGAAAAUCUUCGGAAAAUUCGAGAAGUUACAGUAUCUUAUAUUGUAUGGAAAUCACUAUACUGGAGGAUUAAUCACCUCAGGAAUCCUCAAGUUGCCAAAACUCGUUCGAUUAGACCUCAGCCACAACAACUUCACUGGUUCAUUACCAGUUGAAUUCUCUGAAAUGCAGAGUAUGAAGUAUCUGUUCCUUGCUGACAAUCAAUUCAAUGGUAGCAUACCUCUGGAAUUCGGGAACUUCUCUGUAAUCCAAGCACUCGAUCUCUCCUACAAUAACCUGACCGGAAGGAUACCUCCAACGAUCGGGAAACUAACCUUUCUUUUGUGGUUGAUGCUUGCAAACAAUUCACUUACAGGGGAAAUUCCUAAGGAGAUUGGGAAUUGCAGCAGCCUACUAUGGCUAAACCUUGCAAACAAUCAAUUAUCAGGGACGAUCCCUUCUGAGAUAUCAAAUAUUGCCCAUAAUCCUACUCCAACAUUCGAGUCGAAUAGGCAUACCAGUCGAGUUCCGGCGAGUUCUGGGGAGUGCAUUUCAAUGAAGCGGUGGAUACCGGCGAACUACCCACCUUUCAAUUCUGUGUAUUCUCAGCUUACUAUGAAGAAAUGCAGAAGCAUCUGGGAUUCGUUAGUCAAGGGGUAUGGAAUCUUCCCAAUCUGUACCUCUUAUUCAUCGAAGAGAACACUACAAAUCAGUGGUUAUCUCCAACUCACAGGAAACCAAUUCUCCGGAAAGCUACCACCAGAAAUCGGCAGGUUGCAGAAUUUCAGUCUCCUCCAUGUCGGAAUCAACAAUUUCUCUGGAGAUCUCUCACCUGAGAUCGUAAAUAUGCCUCUGGUGGUCCUAAACGUCUCUCACAAUAGAUUCUCUGGUGAAAUCCCAUCAGAAUUCGGCAACUUCAACUGCUUGGAAUACCUGGAUUUGUCCUACAACAAUUUCUCAGGUGAGUUCCCUGCAAGCUUAAGCAAUUUGACACAAAUGAGCGAAUUCAACGUCUCCUACAAUCCUCUCAUCUCCGGCGCAGUUCCAUCAAAUGGACAAUUCAGCACGUUCGAGAAUAGUUCCUUCUUCGGGGACCCUCUGUUGAUUCUUCCUAAUUUCAUGUACGGCAGCAAUGGCAGCAAUGGCAGCAAUAGCAGCAAUAGAAUUCAUUCCCAACCUUCAUCGAAAAAUCCAAAGAGAAAAAAGCUCGCUGGUUUAAUGGUGUUAUUAGCUCUCACCUCCGGUUUCCUAGUAUUUGGGAUUCUGUCUCUGUUCAUCUGCAUUGUCUUUAAGACCCCGGAAGAGCCUUCAGCGACGUCUCUGCUAGAGGAAGUAGUUUCAAACUCCACCAGAUUAUCAUCAGAAACGAUGGAUUCCGUCGACAUCUUCCACCACCGGGACAGGACGGCAUUCACUUACGCCGAUUUAAAGACAGCCACCGGAAACUUUUCGUCGGAAAGAAUCAUCGGCAGUGGUGGAUUCGGCACUGUUUAUCGUGGCCAAUUGCCUGACGGAAGAGUAGUUGCAGUCAAGAAACUACAGAGAGAAGGGUUCGCAGGGGAGAAAGAAUUCAAGGCCGAAAUGGAGGUCUUGAAUUGCAGCGGCUGUGAGUGGCCGCAUCCGAAUCUGGUGACGCUUUACGGUUGGUGCCAUAACGGAAAUGAGAACUUAUUGGUGUACGAGUACAUGGAGGGUGGGAGCUUGGAGGUCAAGAUUCCAGAUCGGAUGAGGCUGACGUGGCAAAUGAGGUUAAAUGUGGCGACCGAUGUGGCACGGGCGCUGGUUUACCUACACCACGAGUGCUUCCCUUCUAUCGUGCAUAGGGAUGUGAAAGCUAGCAAUGUAUUGCUGGAUAAGGAAGGGAGGGCACGUGUGACGGAUUUUGGGUUGGCAAGGGUGGUGGAUGCGGGUGAGACCCACGUCAGUACUAUGGUUGCUGGGACGGUGGGGUAUGUAGCACCUGAGUAUGGGCAGAUGUGGCAUGCGACGACAAAGGGUGAUGUGUAUAGUUUUGGGGUGUUGGCAAUGGAGUUGGCAACAGCAAGGCGAGCCCUUGAUGAAGGUGAGGAAUGUUUAGUGGAGUGGGCUAGAAGGGUUAUAAGGGAUGAGAAGGAUGAUGAUGGGUUGGGCCAGGGUCUGUUGGUUCUUCUGGGCUCUUGGCUUGACAAGGGUUUGGAGGAGAUGUGUGAAUUGCUACGUGUGGGCAUGCGGUGCACCGCAGAGGCUCCACAAGCUAGACCAAAUAUGAAGGAGGUAUUGGCAAUGUUGAUUAUGAUUGGGAAGAAGAAAGGUGAUUAUGGUGGUUAUGAAUGUGCCUCACCCUCUCAAACUGUGACGAUGGAAACCUUGAAACUGUCCAUAGAUUCAUGA